GCUCUCAAAUACACAGUCACAACAGCAGGAGUGAUCUCACCUCCUCUCCACCCCUUCUAUCUAUCGCUGCUGCCUGCCUGCCUCCCAAAAAAAAGAAAAAAAAGAAAAAGAAAAUCCAGAGCGUAUCCGCGAGCAGAGCUGGUGUAUAGAGACACGGUAAGGUAUAUACUGACAAUUCACGGUGGAUUUCCCCUGACCAGGACCACUACUGAGCCACAGAGCCGACCAUGGAAGAACUUACGGCAUUCGUGUCGAAAUCUUUCGAUCAGAAAAGCAAGGAGAGCAGCAAAGAGAGUAUCACGUACAGGGAAGUUUUGGAGAGCGGCUUGUCGAGGGCGAGGGAGCUGGGCAGCCCGGAGACAAACCUGCAGGACAUAACGGAGAGCAACCACUGCCCGGUGCAUCUGUUCAAGGACCACGUCGAGCUGGAAAAAGAGAAACUGAAGGACUUUAACGUUUCGAGGGCGACAGAGGGGAUAUAUGAGUGUAAGGAGAAAAAGGAGGACGUGAAGUCCGAGGACGAGGACGCACAGGGCAAACUGAAGCAGCGGAGGAGUCGCACUAACUUCACCUUGGAGCAGCUCAACGAGCUGGAGCGGCUCUUCGACGAGACGCACUACCCGGACGCGUUCAUGAGAGAGGAGCUGAGCCAGCGGCUGGGACUGUCCGAGGCCAGAGUGCAGGUUUGGUUUCAGAACAGAAGAGCAAAAUGUCGAAAACAAGAAAACCAGAUGCACAAAGACAUCUUUCCCUUCUCUCCAGGUGUUAUUCUGGGCAGCGGCAGCCACCUGGACGCAUGCAGAGUAGCACCCUAUGUCAACAUGGGUGCCCUCCGGAUGCCCUUCCAACAGGUCCAAGCACAGCUCCAGUUAGAUGGGGUCACCCACUCCCACCCCCACCUGCACCCUCACCUGGCUGCUCAUGCUCCCUACCUGAUGUUCCCGCCCCCUCCCUUCGGACUACCAAUCGCAUCUCUGGCCGACUCGGCCUCCGCAGCGGCGGCGGUGGCAGCAGCUGCCAAAAGCAACAGCAAGAACUCGAGCAUCGCCGACCUGCGACUCAAGGCAAGAAAACACACCGAGGCUCUGGGACUCUGACCCCACCGGGCUGCCCCUCCGCUCGCCUGAUGCCCAUAAUCGCCUCUCACACAAGACUGAGCCUGUGAAAGGGCCGUGACACUCUAAAGCUAAAACUAAAAUAAACAAAAAACACUGAGUGAGAAUGAAAGAGAGGAACACAUACAGAGAGGGGGGAGACAGAGAGUGUGUGUGAGAGAGAAAGGGGGAGAACAGUGGAGGAAGAAAAUAAAAAGAAGGAGGGAGCGAGAAAAUUGUCACAAAACCAGCUGCCAAAACAAACCACUUGUAGAGAACGGUAAUUAAAUACCAAUGAAAUCACCUUUUACUUUUCGCCCAACAGGCAGGACUUCUGCGGGGCCAGUGGCUCAGUCCACUCCAGGCACAGAUCACAUCCCAAGGACCGUACAAACACAUGUGGAUGUCUGUCUGAGGGCCGGCCGGGGCCCGUCAGACCAGAAG